AUGUACUCAACGCGCGAGGACAUUAAGGCUGCUGUUGAUGCGUAUCGUGCACACAUCGCUGAACGCAAUCGCCGAGCCCUUGAAGUCUACGUGCAACUUGCCACACAGGCUGAGCUCGACCCAGAAGAUUGGGGAGAUGAAGCCGAAGACAUGAGGGUAGACUGUUUUGGUAGCGUCCUGAGUCGGAAUGAUGCCCGGACCCUGAUUUCAAGUCCAGAAGAUAUGCUCACAAAGUUUGAUGAACUCGCACCGCUUUGCGACCUUGACGGUUGUGGAGGGUCUAUUCCCAACAGCCAUGACCGAGAGCUGUACUUCUCCCGUCUGGAGAGCGCGCUGAAGACGAAAUGUCUCGAGGAAGUCCGUGAUAGCAUCACUGCUCCUCCAGAGCUUCGAAUUCUUGCAGAGUACGUGGGCGCAUUGACCGGACCCGGGAUGGGGGAGACCAAAUGGACGUAUCAGGCCGUAUUCUGGACUGGGGCGAGCUCUCAGACGGAAUCUUUGAUCGACGCUACGGUUAAGAGACCCCAGGACCUUUCAGUUGAUGGUUGUUGGGACGUCGCUGUGGGAUGGGAGUCUGGGGACGGCGUGGAGAGUUUCUUUUACAUAGUCUACUGCCGAAAAACCCGGGCCGACGGAGAAGUCGAGCCGUGGGCCUGGCGAUACAUGGCUUAUGGCCCGGACGACGACAAGACCUUUGAUACGAUCCCGGAGUUGCUCGAGUGGUAUUGUCAGUAUCGGGAAAGAGAGGUGCCUGAUAUUGAUGACUUAAGCGUGGACGAUGUACUAGAAGGGAACAUGUACUAG